AUGUUAAGUCUAAUCCUAGAUCCUGUUAUUCAUGAGUUAAAUGAUGCUGCGAAAUUGUGUGAUGAAAAGGGAGUAGAUCAUGAGAUUAAAUGGAAGGCUCUCAACUUCAUAAAGGCCCGGGACAAGUACAGAAACAAUGUUAGCUCCAAAGUAGGACCCUGGCAACAAUCGAAUCGAGCACACUGUCCUUUCCCUUCAAGCAGGCUUACGAGGAGGGGAAAACCUAUGAUGUCUGGGAGUCUGGGUAAAAAUGGCGAGGUGGUCACUUGCGAAAUCGAUCCAUUUUUGGAGAUGCUUGCAAAGUCGUUUUCCGAUAAAUCACCACAUGGGAAGAAAAUAAACGUUAAAGAUGGUACGUCGAUUAACACAUUGACAACGCUAGCUGAUGAACGCCAACAGUUUGACGUCGUUUUCAUUGAUGCUGAUAAGCCAGUGUAUAUUGACUACUUUAAGACAGUUAUCGAUAGCGACAUGUUAGCACCUGGAGGAACAGUCGUUCUUGAUAACGCGUUUAUGUAUGGCCACGCCUACCGACCGGAAUCGACAAAUGAAAACGGCUUGGCAAUCCGGGUGACUAAUGAGUACAUCAACAGUAGGGCUGACCUAUUCAAGGUUCUAGUUCCAAUACGGGACGGAGCACUGAUUGUUCGAAGAAUGAAAGACAUGUUUGUGAGCUAG